ACGGUCACACACCAACAUUUUGGAUUUUUAUUUUCUGUGUGUUUUUCCAGAAUUUCCUCCGAUUCUAGAUCUAAGCUUUUGUGGUUUUCCCGAAAAUUGUGUGCAUCUCCAGGUGAAUGCAACAAGGCGCGAUAGAAACCAGUGAAACUUGAUGCCCUACCGCAGGCAUGGCGGUCAAGGUGCAAUUCGAAAUUGGCCACACGUCGAAGCUGCGCAGCAAGAAGACUCCUCAUCCGCAGGCCUUCACCCACGACUGGGAGAUCUACGUGCAGGGCGUGAACAAGGCGGACAUCAGUGCCUUCGUGGAGAAGGUGGUCUUUGUGCUGCACGAAUCGUUUCCGAAGCCCAAGAGAGUGGUCAAGGAGCCGCCGUAUGCCAUUCAGGAGUCGGGCUACGCCGGCUUUCUGCUGCCCGUGGAGAUCUACUUCCGCAACCGCGACGAACCCAAGCGCAUCGUUUACCAGUACGACCUGGUGCUGCAGACGACGGGGCCACCGCAUCACCAGUCCGAGAUCAAGACGCACAUCUUCGAGGCGCCGUCGGAGGAGUUCCGGGCCAAGAUGAUGCGCGGCGGCGGAGUGCCCGUGUUUGGCGCCUCCCUGGGCGCCGGCAAUCUCACCCGCACGCUUUCGCCCAACGUGGGCAGCGGCGAGACGCCGCCCAGCAAUGAGAUGGCUCUGGUCAAGGCCAAGGGUGUGCCCGGCAGCGUCUCGAUGAACGUGGAUCUGGGCACAGGCAAGAAGCACAAGUCGCGCAACGAUCCCGAUCCCGGCAAGAGCAACGCCUUCUCCGCCCUCUUCGGCCCGCCCAUUACCAAAAGCAGCGCCACGACGAACAAUCUGGCCCUGGUGCCCGUGGCCAAGCAUUCGCCGGACGCCAAGAUCGUGGCGGUCGGCGGAAAGGGCGGCUCCCACGAGGGCAGGGAGAAGGCGAGCAAGGCGGAGCGGGACAAGUCCAGCGGCGGCGAUAAGCCGCGGGAAAAGGACAAGAAGGAUCGCCAUGGUCGCGACAAGGAUCGCAAGUCUAGUAAAUCCGGCGAUGGGAAGCAUGAGCGGGAGAAAGAGAAAUCCAAGAAGGACAAGACACGCGACAAGGAGCGUGAGCGCGAGCAAAGCUCUGGCGGCACUCCAGCCGCCGGUGGCCUCACUGUAGCGACCUCCACCGCACUGGUUAAACACACCGCCAGUCCGAAGCCUGGAAAACCCAACGAAAUGGGUGCACCGAGUCCCAAGAAGACGCCAAAUGAUUCGACAGCCCCACCUGCUUCCCGUUCCAAAGAGCGCGAUGAGCACAAGUCGGGCAAGUCGGAGACCAAGGACAAGGAGCGCAGCUCCAGCAAGAAGUCCAAGAAGGAGAAGAAGGACAAGGACAAGGAGCGCGAUCGGGAAAGGGAGAAGCAGCGCGAUGAGAGCAAAGACAAGCGAAUGCCCAAGGAGGAGCGUGCCGGGCAGAGCGACAGUCCGGCAGCGGGAAGUGCUCAGCCGGCCAACCAGCAGCAGCUGCAGCAAUCCCAAAGCGGCAGCACGGGCAAGGCCACGCCCACCUCCGUGGGCAGCAACAGCAGCAGCAGCGUGGUCUCAACCGGCGGCAAGCAAAAGGACGAGGGCAAACAUAGCGAAAAAACCACGGAAACCAAAGGGGAUAAGAGCACCAGCAAUGGCAGUGCGGCAGACACCAAGAAAUCCCACAAACACAAGAAGAAGGACAAGAGCAAGGACAAGGACAAGGAGCGCAGCGAUCGCGACAAGGACAAGGAGAAGGAGCGCGACAAGGAGAAGCCGAAGGAAAGAGAAAAAGACAAGCAGCCGGCGGUGAGCAGCGGAGAGAAGCCAUCACCCACUGAGCCAUCGCCCAAAACAGAGGGAGCCAGUCCGGCAGCCGAGGGAGGAGCGACGGACAAGGCGGCACCCAGCAGUAAUGCCAGCAACAAGAAGGAGAAGCACAAAAAGUCCAAGGAGAAGUCCUCCGCCAAGGACGAGAAGCGUCAGCGGGAAACGGGCGACAAGCAGGCUGAGGGCAAGCAUGCCGCAAAGCAGCCGACUCAGCCGCAAAUCAAGGCUCCCAGCAACCUGGAUCUUAGCGAUGUGGACUCGGCCCAGUCGGCGCCCGAUUUGGCCGCCACCAAUGCUCUUGCCGCAGCAGCGGCAGCCACGCUUCAGCACUCCGACAGCUCGAACAGCAGCUUCCCCGACUUACCCGCCAGGAGCAGCAGCCAACAGAAGGCCGCCAAAGGAAGUUCCAGCAAGGAGGCGAAGCCUGCUGGCAAGGAGCACAAGGGCAAGUCCAAGCAGAGCGACAAGAACAGCGAAAAGGGCAGUGAAAAAGCGGAAAAGGCGGACAAGACGCCGGAUGCCAAGGCGGAAAAGUCAGAGAAGGCGGAAAAGGAUGAGAAGAAGCGCAAUAGGAGGAACUCACAAAACAGCAACAGCGGAGCAGCCGGUGGGUUUAUAGAGCCCCCUGUAAAGACCUCAAAGAAGGAGCAAUCGAAGGCGCCGCGCGAGAAAUCCAAGUCGCCCUCGUUGCGUCCGCCCAGGGAAACCAACUCCAAUGCGGGCUCAGGAGGAGCUACCAAUGCCGGAUCGGGAUUCUUGCCACCGCCAUCAUCUUCGCCAAGCAACAACCAUGCGGCAGCUAGCCUAAACAACAAUAAUAAUAAUAAUAACAACAAUACGAACAGCAACAGCAGCCAUUCGCCCGCUGAAAUGACGACGCCGGGUCAGCUUCAGCUGCCAACGGAGUAUUUGAGCGAACUGCAGGAGCUGCACCACAAGAUCAUGACCCUGCAGGACAACGAGGAGUUGCAGCACGUCGUCGAGAUGAUUGCCGCCACCGGUUGCUACGAGAUCACGCACAAGACAUUCGACUUUGACCUGUGCAAACUGGACCGCGGCACCGUGCAGCGUUUGCAGGAGUUUCUGGCCACCUCGGUGUCGUGACACGCCCUCAACUCCACCUCAACCGGGCCUGCUCUCUACAGCUAGACGAUGCACAAACCCCUCAUGCACAUAACCAAAUCAUUAAGCUUAAAGUUAUUGUUGUAAGCCCGUUGCGAAAUAACAUGGCUCGCACACAGCCUCGAUUCCCCUUGCCUAGAACCUAAGUUGUUAGCCCGAAGGGCACACAAAAAUCCCGAAAGAAAAUAUGGAAACAAACGAAACCCUUUAGUUUUUGAGACUCAUUCGAUUUAAGACCUAUUUUAUAUUAUUUUGGAUCCUAUUCGACUGUAGCACGAUGAUUUUAGCAUUCUUUACGGUCGCCUUCUUAUAAAUUAAUUAUUUUUAAUUUAAGAAUUGCACUAGUUUACGCCAAGAGAUGGAAAAACAUAAUUUAAAAAAGUGUUUUAUAGAAUAUCUCACGAAAAGCAAUUUUGAAAGCUACAUUUAAUGACAGUUUCGAAGUCAGCAGCCGCUAUUUAACUAAUAAAUAAAGGUUCUACAAGUACUCACCAAAAAAGGCGAAGUUUGUAAACUAGUGUUGAUUACUUGCGAAUAAAUUAAUACUUUUGUACGAUAUUUACGUA